AUGGGAGUAACUAAUCUGUGGCAGAUCCUUGAGCCUGUGAAACAACCUGUCAACUUGAGUAGUCUCAGGGGAAAAACACUUGCUGUUGAUUUAAGCCUGUGGGUGUGUGAAGCACAGACUGUUAAAAAGAUGAUUGGAGUAGUUACCAAGCCUCAUCUUAGAAACCUGUUUUUUCGAUUCUCUUUUUUAACAUCAAUGGGAAUUAAACUAAUAUUUGUCAUGGAAGGAGAGGCCCCCAAAUUGAAAGCAGACACCAUGAGUAAGAGAAAUGAGAUGCGCUAUGGAAUUUCCAAGCAACCUAGGGCUGCAAGAACAGGGAGAUCUUAUUUUAAAUCCGUUUUAAGAGAGUGCCUUGAACUGUUGGAGUGCUUAGGUGUCCCAUGGGUUCAAGCAGCUGGGGAAGCAGAGGCAAUGUGUGCUUACCUAAAUGCAAAUGGACAUGUCGAUGGUUGUAUUACCAAUGAUGGAGAUGCGUUUUUAUAUGGAGCUCAGACAGUUUAUAGGAACUUUGCCAUGAAUGCUAAGGAACCCUACCUUGACUGUUACACGAUGUCCUCUAUUAAGAAGAAGCUUGGCUGUGACAGAGAGUCUUUGAUUGGGCUAGCUAUUCUUCUGGGUUGUGAUUAUCUUCCAAAGGGUAUUCCAGGAGUUGGGAAAGAACAAGCUUUAAAGUUAAUUGAGACUUUGCAAGGUCAGAACUUACUGCAAAGGUUUGAGCAAUGGGGCAAGCAAUUUCAGUGUAAUAAUACUAAUCCACCUUUGAUAGUUAAAAAGGUAACUCACUGUUCUGAAUGCCAUCAUCCAGGAUCUUACAAGGAACAUGAGUGCAAUGGAUGUAAAUUCUGUAAAAGCAUUAGAUACUGCAAACCCCGUGACUCCAAAUACUGCUGCCCUUGUGAAUGGCAUCAGUUAGAGCGAGAGAAGCAAGCAAAUGCAGUGGAGGACAAUAUCAGAAAAAGAGCUAACAGUUGUGAGGGCUUUCCGUUUUCUGAGGUUAUCCAAGAAUUUCUUGUAAACAAGAACAAAUUGAACAAGAUAAUGGAGUGCCAAAGGCCUAGUUUAUUGUCCUUUCAGAGAUUUGCUUCUGAGAAGAUGGAAUGGCCCAAACAUUAUGCUUGUAAGAAACUGUUGGUAUUAUUGACACGUUAUGAUAUGAUCCGGAGAAAAUCUGGAUACACUGAUUCAAAACAACUACAGGCUAUACGAAUAGUCAAGACACGUGUUAAAAACGGGACUCCUUGUUUUGAAAUUCAAUGGCAAAAACCGGAACAUUAUGUUGAUGCAGAUGAUCAGCCUGUGGAGUCAUUUGUAGUCACAGUAGAGGAGGAGUCUUUGUUUCAGGCUUCUUAUCCUGAUGUUGUUGCCCUUUAUCAGAUGGAAAAAUCAGAAAUUUUGGAGAAGAAACAGAAAAGCAGGAAAAACAGACCAAAAGAAAAGGAAUUAUCAAUUGUUUAUGGUGAAGUUACUGAUCUUCUGUCUCAAAUGAAUUUAAAAUCUACAUGUGACGUUCUUCCAGUGCAGGAUUCCGUAUCAGAUACUGAAAUUCUCGCUGAGGAUCAGACACAUCAGAGAAGUAUUGAAUCAAAAGAUCCAGUGUUAGCUGCAGCUUCCUGCAUUACAACAGUUCAAAUGCCAGAAUCAGCAGCUGGCCUUUCUCCAACUGCGUCAGCUUAUUUGCUCUUGCAGAGUACAUUAGCUGAUUCUUCUGUAUCACCAGCACAACUUAAUAAAAAUUCAGAGGUAUCAUCCUCUUGCACUACCUCUGUAACAGCUGAUUUACAAUUGAUCAAUACUGAUUGGGAAGGAACUUUCUUCAGCACUUCACCAGCCCUUGGUGGCAAUAUCCUUGAUCCAGUAGCUGACCUGGCUACAUGUGUGCAACAUUCAUAUCCAUUACACCAUAAAAUAGUAACAAAUAGCUCAGAAUAUUCUGAUGCUGUGCAGUCUGAUCAAGAUCAGUCUGAUAGUGCAGAUGACUUAUUUUCAGAUGAUGCUAUGGGACAACUUCAAAAGUUGUCUUUAAGUGAGCGAAUACUUAUGAAGAGUUCUGUUCAAUCAAAACCUUCAUUGUCUGAAGAUGUAAUGGAACUGAAGCCUUUGAAAUAUUUUAAAAAAACAAAGGGAACGUUGAAUCCUGACAAAGAUGAUGCUUCUUCCUCAUGUCAGUUAAAUAAAACAGUGCAGGAAACUAAAAAUGUGCUGUCAGAAAACUAUGUGAGAGAGUCCAGUAAACACGUCUAUCAAGAUCGGUACCAAAAUGUCAACAGCCUGGCUCAAGUAGUGCAAAAACACCAUAAAACAAGCAGUUCAACAUUUCCAGCUCUAAGCAGUCAAACAGUAAAACCAUUACAACCUGGGUGUGAAAUACUUCCACUGUUUCUAAAGCCAGCAGAUGUUGUAACUGGCUGUCACGUUACAGAAACCUGUACUCAGGCUACUUGGAAAACUUUGUUUAAAAGGAGUGUGUGCCAGAACAAAUGCUCUUCUAGUGAAGAUAGUGAUGAUGGGAACAUGAAUAAAAAUCUGAUUUAUGAACAGCAGAAAAGGCAACUGAAUUCAGGUCACUUAAAAAAAAACUUUAUAAAGAAAAAAAGUAAUGCUGUCACUAGCAAAAGAAUGAACAGUGACUCAGCAAUUGCAAUUAAGGGGAAGGAAAAAAGGACCAAUUUUAAAAUAACUGGUAAUGAUUUACCAGUACAAGUAUCUCCAAAACCUUCUCCUGUCGUGGAAGAUGAUUGUUUCUUAAGUUCAGAACAAUCAUUUGAGAGGUCAGGUUCGUUUACCCUGCAGCAAGCCAAAAGUGAUGUUCUGACUUACGCAUUGGCAGACAGUCCCCUUCCCCUGUCUGAGAGACUAAAAGGAAGACUCAAAAGCAAUUAG